AUGGGAUCCCUUUCGCCAUUCCCUCCCGCGCCCAAAGCGGGCCUUGACUGGGCCAACUUGGACAUGACUAAACAUCUUCCUGUCAACGGCCACGUUGAGCUCCGCUUCCACCAAUCCACCCAAUCCUGGACCUCCCCGUCACUGGUGACAGGAAACCAGAUCUCCAUCUCCGGCCUUUGCCCGGGCCUCAACUACGGCCAACAAUGCUACGAGGGACUGAAGGCUGUGCGCCGCCGCCACCGCCGUCGUGACUCCCUGCAGGAAGAAGAGUCUAUCGCUGUCUUCCGACCCACCUUCCACGCCGCGCGCAUGGCCCGCUCUGCUGCCGCUGUCUGUCUGCCACAGGUCCCGGAGCAUCUCUUUCUCGAGUGCAUCCGCCUCGCGGUGGCUGCCAACGCUGAGUAUGUACCCCCCGUCGACGCGGAGGGGUUCUUGUACAUCCGGCCAGUCUUGUUCGGCGCGUCGGAUGGCUUACCCUUGGGUCCGUGUGAGGAGACCAUUUUCGCGGUCUACUGCCACCCGGCGCGGGCGUACCAUGGGAUGCAGGGGAUCAAGGGCUUGGUAUGCGAAGAGUUUGAUCGGGCGGCGCCCAGGGGGAUGGGUCGGUUUAAGGUCGGAGGGAAUUACGCCCCGGUGUGGCGCCAUGCGGGGAAGGCGAUGAAGAUGGGUUAUCAUAUCACGCUACACCUCGACAGUGAGACCCAUUCCCUCGUGGAGGAAUUUGCCACGAGUGGAUUCCUGGGUCACAAGGUCGUGGAUGGGCAGGAUGUGCUGGUCGUGCCGGAGUCAGAGAACGCGAUCGAGAGCGUCACCGGCUCGAGUCUCGAGUUCCUUGCCAAGAGAGAGGGCUGGAAGGUGGACAAGGCGCCUCUCCCAUUCUCCUCACUGGGCGAGUUGGAUGAAGUCAUUGCCGUUGGCACUGCCGCCGCCGCGGUACCGGUUGCUUCCAUCGAUCGACUGUCAACAGGCGAAAAGUAUGCCUUCAAGGCGACCGGGGAGGGAAAGCUGCUUGAUCUCGCCCGCAUCAUGCGCGGCAUCCAGAAGGGACAGCAGCCAGACAGUGAGGACUGGUGUUUCGAGGUGACGGGAUUUUGA